AUGAAAAUUCUUGGAUUUCUUGCUCUAGGAUUUCCUCUCGAGGUUUUCGCGGGUUUUACAUCGUUCGGUCUUAAGGAUUCUCUGCUAGCCGAAAGCAGCGAACGUACUGUUUCGUUUGCUUCGCUUCCGUUCGAUCUCCCCAACAAUGCUCUUCUUUCCAACGACAUUCUUACUCAAUCUUUCAAGAAUUAUAACUUAAAUGAAAAUGGACGUAUUGGAUGUACUACCACGAGUACGUCCAAGGAAGACGAAGAAGUGAGUGUAGUACUUGCUUUUUCAAAAUGCUUGAACGAGUCGGCACUGAAAGUUGUGGAGCAAUGGGUGAAUCAAGUCAAGUCGACGUUUGUUCGUAGUGCCUCUGCGACUGAUUUAAAAAUCAAGUUUCAAUCGACAAUGGUACCUGGAGCUUGUGAAGAACGCAGCGAAAAAACGAAGCAUGGUCUUGAGGAUCCAGAUAUGGCGAAUCAAAGUGGUGCGACUGUCUUUCUUGCUGACAAGGUGGAAGCCCACGACUUGAAGCGAUUAGAAGCAUUUCCUGAUCUUGGCGCUGUCAUUGAUUUGGCUCAAGAAAAUACUACCCUUGAUAUCAAUCCAAUCGCAGUGAUUUCCUUUGUGAGUGGUGAAAAGUCGUACCACGAAGUUCAGAAAUUUGAGGCCUCGGCUCAUGUAUCAAAGACGUUCAACUUUCGUAUUUGUAAAAGUGGAACAAAUUGUGAGGGAGAGUUUGAAAACUGUAUCGACUUGCCAGAAGUGGUGGAUUUAUUCAUGUACAAUCCAUUUACCGUGACGAGAUCGUUGGAAUGUGCGAACUUAGACAACGGCGUUCCGGUCACAUACUUGGAUGCGAAUGGUGCUCGACAAUGCUUUUGCAAUUGUCCUGCUGGGUAUGAGAUGACAGAGAGUGAGUAUGGUCUUCCAACAUGUACAAAAGUUACUGAAGAAACUUGUCCAUGUGUUUGGGCCAAUGUCAAUGGAUUUAAACAUCAAGUGACGACGGAUGAACCAGUGUGUUUGUUUCAAGACGUGGCUUCCAACUGGGGACUACCGGUGCCAUUCCCGACCGAUGGAUACGUUUCCGACAAACGUGAUACUUUGACUGAAGGAUCAAAAGAUCCACGAAUUACUCUUUACGUUGAUCGUCAACAAGAUGCUGAAUAUAAACGAAGUGAUAUUCGUGGAGCUGUUGGUACGGGAACGUCGUACCCAUUAACAUUUCAAGAAGUUCUCGGUCUCUAUCCAAGUGCUUCGAGCUUCUCUCCUGUUAUCGAACACGGACAGGACAAAACGAUACUUCACGAGAUUCUGACAUGGAGAGAGUACCAAACAAACCGUGAUACUCAUAUAAACGACUUGACAUUCACGUCAUAUGGCAAGUAUCAUUUGAAAGUGAGUGCUUACGAUUACUUUUCGAGUGCGACUUGUGAUGGCUGUCUUGUGAUUGUCGACAACAAUCGACCGAAAGCCACGACAUCGUGCCCUCUUAGCUUUUGUGACAAUAUUGCUGAUCCUCAAUGUAAAGAUACGGCUGUAUUGACAAUUGAGAAUCUAGACAAAGCUAAUGCACUCGUAACUCAGUACCUUGAUUUCGCAAUCAAAGCCAAGAACGAUGCCUGUAGUAUGGCGAAUCGCUGUGAUCAAACCUCCGUGAGUCAACGCAACUUUUUUGAGAAAGAGUACACGAAUCACGACUCGAGUUUCGCUUCUCAAUGUUUUGACAAGGAUAAAGUUCUGAAUGAUUUACUGACUUCAGAAAAGAUUAAAACCAAUCCGCUGGUUCAAGCUGAUAAUAAUUGUGAUAACACGAUUGCACCUGUUCCUCCAAGUCAGUGUACGAAAUGCUGCAAGAUGGCGACAUCGUUAAAAGAGUGGUGGACAGACUAUCGUUGUGGCUCUGAUUAUGAUGUACGAUCCUGUGACGGCGAUAGCGAUCAAAAAUGUCAUUUUGAUCAAUGCCUUGUUGUAAAUGGUGAUACUAUGGCGACAGUCACUGCUUCGAUUACAGAAGACGCUAAGACAGCAUCCGAAAAGGUUUUGGCUCAAGUAGAGGAGCAAUCCUACCAAACUGUGACUCAAAUUCAUCGAGCACUUGAUUGUACGUCAUUUGGUGGUACUGAUGGAGAGUGUGACUUUCGAGCGAAAUUAUCGGAACUUAUCGACACAACUGAGACGCUUAAGUUCACAUCGACUUCUAGUUCAAGUGAUUACAUCUUCUGGCGCUAUAAACUCGUGUCUGAGGGAGAAUCGUGGCAGCUUUGGAAGACUGGGAAACAAACGGACUAUGGACAAGUAUCGUACGAGAACGAUGAUGUGUUGACAUUUUCAAAUCCAGAGACAAAAGUCAUUCUGGAAGCCUGGACACAAUGUGGUCUAGUCCGACGUUUCUUUUUCUACGUUCAUCUUCAUGUGAAUAGCCCCAUGAGUGUGUGUGAAAAGUUUAAUGACAUGUGGUACCAAACGUCUGUUUCAAGACUGCCAAUUGGCACAAGCAUGUGUGCUUACCCAGGUAGUGACUUUGCUGAAGUCACGUUUGAUUUCCAUCCAAAUGUUGGACUUCAGUACUCACGUGAAGAAUUGCGAAUGAACGUGUCAAAUGUCGAGUGUACAGGAGCUUUAGAAGGUCGUUUACCAAUUGAGAUUCUUAAAGUUACUCAAGAUUCACCUGAAAUUGUCACGCGCUUUGCUGUCGAAAUGCUGAAUAAACCGACAACCGAAGCUGCAACAGACUUUCAUGUUGAAUGUGCUUUUACAUACACAAAGUAUAGUGGAGCAAUAGCACUUGAAACAUGCAAACGGGACUUUUCCAUUUCAGAUUGCAAAGGACCUGCAUUUGAUACACCGAAUGCUGUUUGUGAAUUUGAAGGAUGUGCUGGCAAAGAGUUAGCGGGUUUAUAUGAAGCAUGUGGUGGUACGAUUGUCAAGGCUGAUGAAAAGUGCACAAUUGUUGAGACUGAAGAUAAAAGCUGUUGCCAAGGAUGUGAGACGACUCAAGUCACGUGUACGUCAUUACUAGGUCUUCCAAAUGCUAAUACAGAUAUCAAACGAUGUGAACCCAACACUGAAGGCGUCUACUCAAGCCCGAGCUACAGCUACGGAGCCGUGCUAUUGACAGAGACUGCCCAAAACCAUCCAGCUGCAACGGCUUUACUUUCUGCCACGGCACUCAUUGCAGUCAUCGCUCUUGUCGUUGUCCGUCAUCGUGUCGUGACGUCGAAACCGGCUCCGAUUGAGGAGGAUGCCUAUUAUCCAUUGCUUCACUAG